GUUGAGCAAAAUUUCAACUAUUUCACAAAUUUCACCUGUUAAACAACCUAUACCAGUUCAACAACCUUCGCUUAUAUUAGUUCGCCCAGUAACAACUCAGCUAAUAACUGUAUUGAUUCACCUAAUAAUUAUAGUAACACCUAUAGCACUUUAA